AUGAAAGCUUUUUUGUUUCUUUGCGCCGCCACGGCGGCGCUGGCUUAUGUCAGUUGUCGAGAAGUAUCCCGUGAACGGAGAGAUGCAGAUUUAGAGCCAGCUGCUAGCCACCAUGGUGGUAAAUGGGAUAAGGGUGGCGGCCAUGAGCAUCAUCACCAUCACCAUCACGAUCAUGGCGAGAAAGGACACAAAGGUUAUAAGGGUCAUCACCAUCAUGAACAUGGUAAAAAGGGACACCACCAUCAUGAAGGACACAAAGGACAUCAUGAUGAGCAUGGCGGUCAUAAAAAACAUCAUCAUCAUGACGAUGGGCACCACCAUGAACACCAUCAUGGCGAGAAGGGUCACAAAGGUCAUGGGCACCAUGAGGAAGGUCACUAUCAUAAGGGACAUUCCACUAAGGGUCAUCAUGGAGUUCAUAAGCACGAUGAGUUCAAGAAGGAAAAACAUUUUCAUGACCAUCACCAUGAAGGCGGCCACCAUGAGCAUCAUGGAGGUCACCACGAGGAGCACGGUCACAAGAAGGGCGGUGGUUUCCAUAAAGGCCAUAAGCACGGCGGUCAUCACCAUCAUGAGCAUGGUAAGAAGGGUCACCAUGAGAAAGGCGGCCACCAUCACGAUCACAAGGGACAUCAUGAUGAGGGCGGUCAUCAUGAGCAUCAUCAUCAUCACCAUGAUCAUGGAAAGAAGGGUGGACAUGAGGACCACAAACAUUGGGGACACAAAAAGGGUCAUUAA